AUGCCCAAAGAUAUUUUCUUUUGCUGUGAUGGGGGGGAAAAAAAGGGAGAAUUUGGGUUUCAAAUAGCCAAUCUUCCAAGUUCAUUGAUGCCGUCGGGAGGCAGUUGUCUGUAUCUCGUCAUGAUCAUCUCGGAGUCGAAUGUUGGUAAGACUUCUUGUGUGGGUCGCCAUGUAGUUGUGUAG